UAACCUACCCGUAACCAUAUCCACAUCAGAUAUAACUUGGGGAAGGCGAAGGGGAACCCCCUGCUAUAUAAGUUCGGCCACCCACGCCCCAAACAAAUCAGAACCAACCUUCCUCAAGUCGUGUCUUCCCCCGAGCAAUCGAGUUGUGUUCCCGGCGAUCGAUCGAUCUAGCUGAGCAUCAUGGUUUCCGCCGAUGUGGCCCGCAACAUCGUCGGCAUCAUCGGCAAUGUCAUCUCCUUCGGCCUCUUCCUCUCCCCUGUGCCAACGUUCUGGCGGAUCUACAAGGCCAAGGACGUGGAGGAGUUCAAGCCGGACCCCUAUCUGGCGACGCUCAUGAACUGCCUGCUCUGGUUCUUUUACGGGCUCCCCAUCGUCCACCCCAACAGCACCCUCGUCCUCACCAUCAACGGCAUCGGCCUUGUCAUCGAGGGCGCCUACAUCAUCAUCUUCAUCAUCUACGCGGCCAAGAACACAAGGUGGAAGAUGCUCGGCGUGCUGGCCAUCGAGGCAGCGUUCAUGGCUGCCGUGGUGGCCGGUGUGCUCGUCGGCGCCCACACCCAUGAGAAGCGCUCCAUGAUCGUAGGCAUCCUCUGCGUCAUCUUCGGCUCCAUCAUGUACGCCUCCCCGCUCACCAUCAUGGGUAAAGUGAUCAGGACCAAGAGUGUGGAGUACAUGCCAUUCUUCCUGUCGCUGGUGAACUUCCUCAAUGGCUUGUGCUGGACGGGCUAUGCGCUCAUCAAGUUUGACAUCUACAUCACGGUAUGUACAUACACAUACAUAUUGGAAAUAAGAACUCGUGUGUGA